AUGCUCAUCGACGACUUAUGGAAUAAGCCUGCUUUUAUUCUUGACCUUCUACUUUCCGAAAUGGAGAAACCAGAGGUCGAAAGACUCGAGUGGUUAUUCUGGGUUGACCGCGAUACCAUUAUCCUCGAUACUUGCCGAUCGCCUCUCGGUUUUCUGCCAAUUCCGAUGCAACAGAUCAAUGGAUCCGAUACCCAGCGGGAUCCCGCAGAGAACAUAAACUUGCUCGCGACAAAGGACUGGAAUGGUCUCAACAACGGUGUCUUUCUCAUGCGAGUCAACCGAUGGAGCGUUGACCUUUUCUCAGCGAUUCUCGCACUCCGUCAUUACCGGCCUGAUGCCGAUUUACCCUUUACCGAGCAGAGUGCCAUGGAAAUAUUGCUGAACGAGGCCCCUUUCAACAAGAAUGUGAUAUGGGUACCCCAAUGGUGGUUCAAUGCCUACGGGCGGGGCAAAGACAAGGAAGACUUCAAGCCGCUAACGACGGACCCAAAUUCUCAGCUGUACCAUGCAAGGCGGGGAGACUUCCUGGUUCACUUCGCAGGAACCGGAUCCCGAGACCAGGCCAUGGCACCGUGGCUGGACCAUGCCGAGAACGCGACAUUAGGUUGGGCUCUUGAAACCAAGGAGAGAGAUUUAGAUUCGGAGACGACUUUUUUUGCUGCAUUUUUUCUUCGUGAAUCUUUAUUUUCCCGGCUGCCUGCGACGCAAUCAACGGCCAUGCCCGGCUCGGAACCCAUCGAAGGCCUGAAGAAACGUAUGACGUUCAAAGACACGCUUUUGAAGGUCACGCGCCGCAAAAAGAAGAACCAAGACGACAAUCAACGGGCUUCGACUCAAUCUACGACAUCCACCGCGACAAAUGCUUCCGAAUCUUCAGCCGCGUCUGCGGCAGCCACGGCAAACCUUGUGAUCCCGGCAUCAGACACGCCGGCAUUCGCUACCCUCCCACCGACGCGUGAAAAGUACUGCACGCUUCGCCUGAGCGAUGACUUAGCCAUCUCCAUCGGUGAUGCUUUUGAUCCCAACCCCAAGGCCACCCUUGAUGACGCCCCACGCUUCGAAUAUGGACUCAUCCGUUGGCCCAAAUUCAUCCGACUGCUCCUCGUCUUUCCCGCCAUCAUCCCUGAAGAGCCUCUUGAAACCCUUGUGUUUCACGCCGACUUGCACGAGGUGCCAUUUCAAAUGCUCAAGUAUGAGGCCGGAGACCUGUUGCGCACGAUGCAUCUCAAUGGGAUGCAGACAACUGUCCACCAGGGCCUCUACGACGCAUUGCUGGCCGUGCGCGACCGCUCCAAAAGGCGCAACUUUACUGUUCUUUGGGUCGACGAGGUUUGCGUCAAUCAGGCUGAUCCGGUGGAGCGCGACGCCCACGCACGUCUCAAACGUGACAUUGUCGCCGCCUGCACGGGCAAGACAGCGGUCGACUCUGCUCUGAACGCCAAUUUCAAACGCGGGCGCGCUGAUCGCCGAUCCCUCGAGGUUGACGGCGCCGAAUCGUGUCGCCAAUCCACUGGCCAGCCUGCCCGCCAGACGCGACGUCAUUUGUCGAAUGCUUCGGAGCUGUCCGGAACCACAGCGGCAGACCCUUUGUCGCGCGCCCAUUCGCGCGCUCAGUCUGUGGGUGCGUCCUCCGUGAAAACGACGGAACGAAUCCGCGCCGUCUCGGAUUCAAGUGAUACCGAUAGCUCCGACGACAAGGGGAAGGCCCCGGCCAAGUCGAGAAAGUCGUCACGCGAGCAGUCGGCUGGGGGCUCGAUGCGGUCGCGUGAGGGACGACGCGCGAGGAGGUCCAUAUCAUUUGAUGUUCCCAGACAUCCGAGGGCAGAGGACGGCUACGGCAGCAAUGGUGAUGAUUCAGAUGCAGCUGCCGCGUCGGAUGCAAGCCCGGACAGAAACUACGCUGUUAUGAAGUCGCAACCUCUCUAG